UCCCAUACUCUGUUCAACCAAAACUAGCUCUGUUCUCUGCUCUGCUUUUCGAUUAAAACUUUCAAAAUGUUGCUAAGAAGUUCAUCAACACCGAUACUAGAGUCAUGGAUAACACAUGCAAAUGAACAAUCAUCACCAGAACCAGAAAAGAUUCCAUUACCACCAAAACCAAGAAGAAAAUCAGUCACACUAACACGUUCAUCACCAAGUAUGAUAACAGCAGUUUCAGGUGACCAUCAAGGUUCUUCAUUGACAAGAAAUUCAUCUGAUACUGAUUUAAGUGGUGGGUUUUCAGUAAAAUCAAGAAGGAGAUCAUUAGAUAUACCAAGAAGUAUGGGUUGUUUAUCUGCACUUGGUGUUGAAGAAUGUGCAGAUAUUAAGUCUACACUUAAUAGGUUGUUUACUAGUUCUGGGUUGACUGAAGUGGUUGAAGAUGGUUGUGUUACAAGUGUUAAAGAUAGAAGCUUGAUGGUGCCAUUAGUUGGUGGUGGUGCAAAUGGAAGUAAUGGUGGUAGAAAAUGUGGUGGUGGUGGAAGAUCUGAUGAGGAUGAAGAUGGUAAAUCAGAUUUCGGAGAUUCAGAGUUAGAAGAAAAUGGAGAUAGUAACAAUAAAAAGGAAAGUGUUGAGACUUAUUAUCAGACCAUGAUUGAAGCUAAUCCUGGAAAUUCUCUGUUAUUAGGAAACUAUGCAAAAUUCUUAAAAGAGGAAAAGGGUGAUUUAGUGAAAGCUGAAGAAUACUGUGGAAGAGCAAUUUUGGCAAACCCAAGUGAUGGGAGUGUGUUAUCACUGUAUGCAGAUCUCAUAUGGCAAACACAUAAAGAUGUUACACGUGCAGAGACUUAUUUUGAUCAAGCUGUUCAAGCUUCACCUGAUGAUUGUUUCGUCCUAGCUUCAUAUGCUCGAUUCCUUUGGGACACUGAAGAAGAUGAUGAAGAAGAAGUAGAAGCAGAACCAGAACCAAUUAAUUUUGGAAUGAACAAGAACCAGUAUUACAAUACAGUUGUUCCUAGUUCCAAUAAUAAUUUCUUCCAUGGAGGUUCUCCUCCUGUGGCAGCUGCAUCUUAGAUACAGAGCUUUCAUUUGCUAUAAUUUUUGUCUAUCUAUUGUAUAAAUUAGUAAAAAUUAGGUAAAGGGGAUGGGGAGUAUAAUGUUAACAUUUCUCUAACAGUUUGUUCUUGAGCAAGUCCAGUUAUUGGUGAUGGGUACUCUGUUUCUUUCUCUGUUUUUAUGUAUAUGUGCUUAAUAAUAGAGCAAGUACUACCAGAAGAAUGGCACCAAAAUUUAUCUAAGAUAUUUAUUUUCAUUUCCAACAA